UGCAUGUCUUUAGACUGGGGGGAGGAAACCGGAGUACCCGAAGGAAACCCCUGCAGCACAGAGAGAACAAGCGAGCUCCGCACACACAGGACAGAGGCGGGAAUCGAGUUAAAUUUUCAUGAUUAUCAUGAGAACAAAUGCCAGUGUUUUAUAUAUGGAGUCCAGUGUAUUAAAUACUGUUUUUGAUGUAGUUUGAGAUCAGACAUUCAUCAGCACGUUUACAACAUUCAUCACAUUUUCUCUUUAUCCACACUGCAACAUUUCUAAGCUCAAGCAGUUUUUGUGGCCUUCAUGUGUUUUUUAUUCCUUGGUUUCCGUUAAUGUUUUCUUCCUUGUAAACUGAAGAAUCACGUAAUACUAGGUGUUUUUUCUGUGCUUAAUGCCUUCUGUGGCCUUUUGUUUCCCCAAGCCAUGACAUCAUAUUCAUUGAGCUGUCAAUCAAACUUGGGGGGCGUGCUUAAUUUCUAAACUAUAAAAACAUCUGAGUUGCCUGACCUAUAAUUCAUUUCACCAUAAUGUAACAGAGACUUUUACAUUUUUUUAAUGCAUGUAUUCAUGAACCUGACGGAGUUUAACCAGUCUGAUCUCUGUGAGCAUUUCUCCUGUCCAGAGAGAUCUGGAUCUCCUGCAGUUUAUAUCUUACUGUACGUGUGUUCAGCUGCUGUGGUUCUUCUAACAGUGUGUGGAAAUCUUCUCGUCAUCAUCUCUGUUCUUCACUUCAAGCAGCUUCACACUCCAACAAACCUGCUCGUGCUCUCUCUAGCGGUGUCGGAUUUCCUCAUCGGAGCUUUAGUGAUACCGCCGGUGUUAAUCUGGGCCGUUGAGUCAUGUUGGAUUUUUGAUAAGCGGUACUGCAUCAGUUUUUUGAUGACUGGUUAUAUUCUCACGAGCCUCUCCAUCUAUAAUAUUGCUCUGAUCGCUAUGGAUCGGUAUUUGGCUCUCUCAAACCCCUUCCUCUACAUGAACAGAAUCUCUAGGAGAACUAUGAGCAUUGUGGUUUUUUCCAACUGGUGUGCUUCUCUGGUGUAUAACAUAUCACUCUGUUAUUUUAACAGAAGCUUCACACGUUCUGUAAUGUGUCCUGGAGAAUGUUAUCUUUUUCUAAAUGAGAUUUGGUCUGUAAUUGACCUUGUAAUAACGUUUAUAUUUCCACUUUCUGUCAUAAUCAUAUUGUAUACUCUAGUUUUUGUGAUUGCUAAGAAACAUGCCACUGCUAUCAGAGAGCUUAAUAAUCACACACGGCCUAAAACACAGAAAAUCACCUCACACUCGAUGAAAUCUGAGAGAAAAGCAGCUAAAGUCCUGGGCAUUUUAGUGUCUGUGUUUCUGAUGUGUUUACUUCCGUAUUUUAUUUACAGUUUAUUAGGUGAUGUUAUUGAACUACAGACAGAAACAUUUCUAAAAGUCUUUAUUGUGCUUUAUCUUAAUUCCACCAUUAAUCCUGUUAUUUAUGCUCUGUUUUACCCGUGGUUUAGGAGGUGCAUUAAAUUAAUUAUAACUCUGCAAAUAUUCCAAACUGACUCUGCUUUAAUAAAUGUUCUUUCAUGAAGGUGUUUUGGACAAUGUGUAUGGAUGUAUAUACAAGAACACUGACACUCAGCAGGGUUCAAAAGUCUGAGACCACAAUGAGAAAAUUUGGGAAGUUUUUCUUUUUAUUUAAACCUGGAAUUAAUCUAAUUAUAUACAUUUUAGAACAAAGAAAGGAAAUGUUCCAUAUCUUGAAUGUUCAGUAUUCAUGAUUCUGCAUUUAUAGGUCACGAUUUAAAUCCAAGCAAAUUUGUGAUAUUGAUCUUGUUAAUUUUAUAUAAAAAGUCAGAGUCUUAUCCUUUCCAUUCAAGCAUGUGUUCAGACAGGUUUUGCAGAAACUUUGGAAACACUUGUGGAGUCCAUGCCAGCGUGAGUACACACUGUGAUUAAAGCAAAAACGGGACAUACCAAACACUAAGAAAUUCUGAUAUUCAUGUAAAUAUUUACAAGAUUCUACUUUUCAGUAGAAAAGUUAUUGCUGAUAAUAUAAUUUCUAAUAAAAAUGCUGGUAUUCAAUGUAAAAUAAAAGCAUUUUCACUAGUGGUCUCAGACUUUUGGACCCUUCUUCAAUGAAAAUCGAUGAUGAAAAUUACUCACUAAUUAUCUAGUCCCUUUUACUGAUGUUGGUGCCAUCAUCAAUCUUAUUUUGUUAGAUCUCAGUGCAGCUUUUGACAUGGUUUUCCAUAGAAUUCUGCUCUUAUGCCUCUCGCUAUUUGUGGCAUGGCUCAGCUUUGAUUUGCAUCUUACCUCUCAGAUAGAUAGUACUAUAUAACCAUUGGUAAACAUACAUGCUCUUUUGCCCCUGUUAUACACGGUGUCCCUCAAGGUUCAAUCCUUGGUCACCUCCCUUUCUCUGUAUGUCAGAUUCCUAUUGGCCAGAUCACUGGUGGAAAAUGCCCUUAGCAUCCACUGUUAUGCAGAUGACACUCACGUUUAUCUCGGUUCUACAUCCACCACAGUUCUUUUUCCCACUUUAUUCACAGAAUGUAUUCAUUCAUUCAGUCAUUUUGCUUCCACGUUUCCAGUGGUGGUCAGGGUGAGAAGGUUUAGAAGGUCAGCCCAGACAACACUAUUCCUGGACACAGAUUCCAGCUCCUCUUGGUGAAUCCCUGGAUAUUCCCAAGUCAAUUGUAUUUAUGAUCUGAAAUUAUGGAUUGAUUCCUUCCUUUAUCCUGACAAAACUGAAGAAAAAAAAAUUCAGUUUACAGAUGACAUUCGUAUCAUCGACAAAACACUUUCAUUUGUACCCAGUAGUGGGUCAUUCAUGGAAAUCUCCUUUUAUCAGCUGUA